AUGACUCCCAGCAGUAAUAAGACGCUGCCUCUGAAUCUCAAGGGCAACUUUGUCCAGAUCAUCGACGGGAAGAGUGUCCCGACCGAAAAGACCCGUCGUGGUAUCAACCCCGCAACUCUUGAAGAAAAGGAGGAGGUGCCUGUCGCCACUGAGGAUAACCUAAACCAAGCCGUUGAGGCGGCUAGGAAGGCCUUCCGCUCUUGGUCAAAAGUUUCCUGGGAUAAGCGCAAGAACAAGCUGCUUGCGUGGGCGGAUGCGAUUGAAGCCCACAAGAAGGAGUUUGCAGACCUCCUCGUCGCUGAACAGGGUAAACCUCUCUCUGUUGCUAUUGGUGAGACAGAUGCCGCUAUUGCCUGGAUCAAGGGCCAGUCUAGCCUUGCCUUACCUGAGGAAGUCGUUGAGGAUAGUGAGAAACGCAAGGUCGUGACUCGGUACACACCUCUCGGUGUGGCCGCCGCCAUUGUUCCCUGGAACUUUCCCCUCAUGAUCGCAGCCGUCAAGAUUGCUCCCGCCCUUUUGACAGGAAAUGUCGUUAUCGUGAAGCCUUCCCCCUUUACUCCCUACUGCGGACUGAAGUUAGUUGAGCUUGCUCAGCAGUUCUUCCCCCCCGGCGUUGUGCAGUCGCUCAGCGGUGACGAUAGCCUCGGACCUUGGAUUACGAAUCAUCCCGAUAUUGAUAAGAUCAGCUUUACUGGCUCAACACAGACUGGAAAAUUGGUCCUUCAGAGCGCCAGUAAGACCCUCAAGCGGGUGACACUUGAGCUUGGUGGUAACGACCCCGCUAUCGUGUUCCCUGAUGUAAACAUUGAUAAAGUGGCUGAAAAUCUUGCUCGGUCCGCGUUCCUCAGCUCGGGCCAAAUCUGCCUCGCCGUGAAGCGGAUCUACGUUCACGAGUCUAUUUAUGAGCAGUUCCGCGAUGCUAUUGUCAAGCAUGUCAGGUCUUAUACACUAGGCGAUGGCUCAGAUGAGGGUACCACCCAUGGCCCUGUGCAAAACGAGAUGCAGUACUACCGUGUCAAGUCCUUCUUUGAUGAUAUUGAGAAGCAUGACUGGAAGGUCGCGAUAGGAGGAAAGAUCGAUCAUGCGCCUAGAAACGGAUACUACAUCACACCUACUAUUAUUGAUAAUCCUCCUCAUGACUCUCGAAUCGUUGCCGAGGAGCCUUUUGGCCCAAUUCUUCCCCUGAUCUCGUGGAAGGACGAGACGGAGGUCAUUGAGUACGCUAACAACACACGCCUGGGAUUAGGUGCCUCAGUCUGGUCUAAUAAUCUUGAAGCCGCCGAACGGAUUGCAAGGUCGAUUGAGUCAGGAAGUGUUUGGAUCAACGCCCACUUAGAAACCACGCCAAUGGCGGCUUUUGGAGGGCAUAAGGAGAGUGGCAUCGGUGCUGAGUAUGGCAUCGAAGGACUCAAGGCAUACUGUAACGUGCAGACCCUUUUCCUGGGCAAGGUCGUUGCUUAG